AUGAGCGCGGACGCCGCGGUGAUCGCCGCGGUGUCCGCGUUGGCGCAGUCGCCGCUCCGCCCGGGCGUCCUCGACGACGUCACCGACGUCGCGUCCGUCGCGCAGCUCCGCAAACAGCUCGAGAACGAGUUCAACGUGAACCUCACGGAACCGGAGUCGAACGUCGUGCGAUCGAUCUCGCGACUCGAGAAGGAGCUCCUCCAGCUCGACGACGAGCUCGACCUCGACGGCGGCUACGGCCGCGGCCGCGUCGACGGCGGCGCGAACCUGAGAGGCGCGGCGGCGAGAGGCAGACGCGACGCGGGCGCGGGCGCCCCCGCGGGCGUCGGCGCCGUCGCCGCGGAGGCGUCCGAGGCGAUGGAGGGCGCGAAGCGCUCGUCCACGACCGGCGCGUCCAUGGAGUGGCCGCACGGGCUCUCGAAGACGGUGAAGAAGGAUGGCGAGGACUCGCCGCGGAUGAACUCCGCGACGAUGCGCGGGCAGAGAGCGCGGUUGGUCGCCCUCGGCGCCGCCGGGAAGAAGGGUGGGAAAAAAUCCGCCGACGGCGCGCUUCUGGACGACGCGGGGCGGCCUUUAUCCGCGCCCGCGAGCGGCAGAGGCGGCGGAUCCGCGCAGAAGGGCGGUAACGGCAACGCGAACAGGCGUCUCAGCGGCGCGAACGCGAUGUCCACGCCCGCGGUGAAGGACUCCAGGGCGCCGCGUUUCAGCGCGGACGGCUCCGGGUCCGUCCUCUGCACGCCGGUGAAUUUAUUCGGCGGCGGAGGGAAGGGCGGCGGCGACACCCCGGAGAGCUGCGCGAGCAAGAAGUGCAACUGCAAGAAGAGCAAGUGUCUGAAGCUUUACUGCGAGUGCUUCGCCGCGGGGGCGUUCUGCCAGGACUGCUCAUGUCAGAACUGCCAGAACACGCCGGACAACGCGGCGCUCGUCCAGAUGACGCGGACGCAGAUCGAGCUGCGAAACCCGCAGGCGUUUGCGAACAAAAUCGUCGCGACGGACGGCGAAGAGAAGCACAAGAAGGGGUGCCACUGCAAGAAGAGCGCGUGCCUGAAGAAGUACUGCGAGUGCUUCCAAGCCGGGGUGCUGUGCCAGGAGUACUGCAAGUGCGAGGGGUGUAAGAACGCCGGCCCGGACGGGCCGUUCGGCGCGACGCCGCCGGCGGCGACGGCGGCGGCGAAGUCGUCCAAGUCGAAGGCGUCGAACGCGAAGUCGGCGGCGGCGGCGGCGGCGGCGACGACGACGACGACGACGGCGGCGAUGAUGGGCGGCGCGAUGCCGUCCCCCGGCGCGCUCAUCAACGACGACGAGGCGGAUCUCAUCAUCGAGGAGUUGAUGAUGAAGAGCCCCGGACGAGGCGGCGCCGCCGCGCUCGCCGUCGCCGAGGAGCUCGGUUUGGAUCUCCUCCAGAGCCCGCCGAAAAAGGCGGGGAGCGGCGCGGGCGCGGGCGCGGGCGCGGGCGCCGCGUCGUCCGGGUCGACGCCGCCGUCCGCGGCGCCCGACGCGGUGCACGCGACGCCGAUGAAGAGAGCGGAGAUCUCCCCGCUCACCCCCGGCAGCGGCACGAUCAUGCGCGCGGGCCCGGGGCGCGUGACCCUGAACGGCGGCGGGGCCGUGUUUGAGCGCACGACGCGCAGCAAAGUCCCGCCGCCGCGAUUCGGGGACGACCCGGCGACGCGGAAAGCCGCGGUGGAGGCGGCGACCGCGGCGGCCGCGGCGGCGGCUGCCGCGAGCUCGGAGAAGACGCCGAACACGAUCACGCGCAAAGCGACGCGAUCGAGGGCGUUUGGCUCGCUCGCGAGCGGCCACGAUUCGCUUCAGGGCGGGAUGAUGACGACGCUCGGGUCGCCCGUGCCUCUUAGCACCCCGGAGGGUUUCGAGUAG